GCGGAGAGCCCCUGCUUGACGGCGACCUCGGACCUCGCCUGAUCCUAAUCGCGCUUAAGGAUCUGGAAGCUCGGCUGCCUCGGCAUUGUGCCCUCACUAUGGUUACUGGAGAAACCAAUGCAAAGAGGCAAAUCAAUAAGGAAUGCAUCAUAAACAGCCUCCCAGGAGACCUCAUUGAGCGGAUAUUUUUGAGGCUUCCAGUGAGCACUCUAUUGAGGUGCGUCGGUGUCUGCAAGCACUGGCACGACUUCAUCCGGGAUCCCCAGUUUGUUACAUCACACCUCCAGCGUGCACAUCAUUAUGCCCUUCUGUUCUUCCCACAAGGUUCGGUUUCAGGCCAGCUUUACCCCAGUGAUGCUAUCCUAAUUGACAAAACCUGGUCACUAUCAACAUAUGCAGUGCCGGUGAUUGGGCCUGAUGAUUUCCUUUUUGGUUCGUGCAAUGGCCUUCUUGGCUUAUACACAAAGACAUCAACGAUCAAAAUAGCUAACUUCACAACUGGUGAAUGUAUGCAUCUUGAGAAACCUGCCAAGAAUAUGAGAGGUGAUCACUUCUCUCUCUACAGCUUUGGAUUUCAUCCAGUGACAAAAGAAUACAAGAUUACGCACUUCCUUGGUGAUUGUGUUGAGGGCCGCCCCCGUAAUAAAGACCAGUUUUGUGUUAUUCAAGUUUACACAUUUGGUGAUGAGAAAUGGAAAGAUGUCCCAACACCAGAAGCUCUUAGCUUGAACAGUGUGAGAAACUCUGGGAUUGUCAAUGUCGAUGGCACAAUGUAUUGGUUAAAUGAAGAUAAGAUAGCUAGCUGGCAGCACACACUUAUGUCCUUUGAUCUCAGGGUCGAAAGUUUUGCAACGAUACAACUGCCAGUAGAACGUGAAGAUCAUGAUUAUUUUGGUCCUCGUAAGUUCUGGAUGAGAGAUAUAGAUGGGAAAUUAUGUAUAAUAACUGCUCAAACCGCUCAUCAUGAUGCGAGCAUUCUUCUUGGUGAGCUGCAGAUCUGGACACUUGACAACCUAGUAGAACAAAGGUGGAGCCAGAAGUACAAUAUUAAGAACCCACCAAAUUACAUUCCAGGUCCACAAUUUGUUCACAGGGAUAGAAUCCUCGCACAGAGCUUCAGCAGCGUGGGUUCGUACGAGUUGAUUGGUGAGAACAUUGAGAUUAGCUUCAGUAAGAUGGCAGAGCUGUUUGAUUUCAGACCCCACAAGAUGUACAGCAUGCAAUCCUACAUAUGUGUGAAGUCGCUUGUAUGUUUUGAUGUAUACAAGAAGGCUGGCAUUGUGCGUAGACCAAAACAGCAAGUAGGCUGGCAAUUGAAGAAGUGGAGGGCAUGGGAGAAUGAGCUUUGUGAGAUCGAGAAGAUGCGGAGCAGAAUCCACAAACUUGAGCAGAAGUUCCUUGAAGUCGUGGACCAAAUGGUUGAAAUGUAUCAGUUUUGGGAGGAUAAGCAACAUGAAAUAGCAGAACGUGUACGCAUGGAACUGAAUCAGGUGUUGCAAGACAAGCUAGAAAAUACAAACCAGCCAAGAUUCCUCCAGCGGCUUAAUUGGGUAGAACUUAUACGGGACGCGGAGGAGUUAAUAUCACGUUCAAAGGAGAUGAUUGGCAGAUUUGAGGCCAUUAAGAAGGCACAUCAUAACAUCUGUAGUAUUUCAAGAAGUCAUCUUUUGGAUCAGGGUAUUUCAAUUCCUGACGUUUCUUCCACUGAUGAUAAGAAGAACUAAGAAGAGAACCGUCCAUGUUAAACUUUUUCUACAAGGAGACUCUCGCUCCCUUGGAUUGGAUGUGCGCAACCUUUGUCCAUGCACUGAUUCGGCUUCUUGUUCCAUUAGUUUGCUUGUCAUCACAUUGCGUAAUGGUGCUUUUUCCGAGAGAUACUACUGGAACAGUGGCCUUGCCUGAAACAGAAACGAAACAAUCAUCUAAUUAACUCAACACAUUUUAAGCAGUUUUCCAUGUUUAAAAACAUGAGAUGCAACAAACGCCAGACUGGCGUUAUAUUCUGUUAUUGUUUUCUAUGCACUUGCUAUUGUAAACUAAU